AUGGAUCACCAUCUAAACCCUGCUGCUGCUGCUUUCAUGCAAUUACUUGAUACUCUCCCCAUCAUACCCAAGAAACUGGUAGUGGAAUUAUCUCACAGACAAUUCAAGGCGCAGUAUGCUACAUUCUUUGGGUACAUAAUGCGUAUUGGGGGGAUCUUAUUGUGUGACAACAAUUUCCCCGAUAUUGACGUUCAAUCCGUUGAACCGCAACUGGAUUUGGAGAAGCCUCCUAUUUAUAUUUACUUUAACUUGAUUAAGGCAAUGUACCUCCAUUUUCGAGGAGCAACUGAUCAAGCAAGAGAGUGCUAUUAUAGAAAUUUGGAAAAUCCCAACACUGAGUACGCCUUUGAUGUGACCACUAUUCCGAUACCCGAGUCGGUUAUAGCCCGCCAUACCGCUAUAAUCCUGGCAACUGAACAAGAUAUUGUUUCCAGAAAGAAACCAUUUAGCACCAAAUUCAUUCAUGAUCACGAUGAGUCUCGAAAUAAGGCUCUUGUGGCUCGCUAUUUGAUUUUAUGUCUAGCAAUAGAUGCUGAUAUUCCUUUGACCCUUGAGAAUAGAAUUCAGCGUACUUUUGACUAUCUUCAUAUAGCAUCUUCUCUCUGUGUUAGUGACAGAUUGCAAACAUUUUGGAAGGAAGCCAUGUAUCUUCAGGCACUUACAGAAUGUUCUCUCAACUCGGAAGAUCAAUCCAAACUUUAUGAGCUUCUGUCUAAUGCAAGCACAUUCAGCUCAACCUACGUCACAAGUGGUAAAUACCGUACAAUAAUUGAGAAGUCCUUUUCUAAACUAAGGAGUAUAUCAUUACAGAAAACAUAUUAUCUUGCUGUAUCUGCCUUUGAAAAAUUAAAAAUCACCGAAGCAGAAAAGAACGCUGCUAAAAGGCAGUGUGAAUGGUGCCACAGACAUUUAUCUUCUGUCUGGAAGUUAAAUCAACACCGCCGAAAGCAUGCUGAAUUAAUUCCUAGAUCAAAGGUGGCUUACAUCGCUGCUGCUGUACCUAACAUUGAAAAUGAAAAUGAAAAAGAAAAAGAAAAAGAAAAAGAGGAGAAAAAAAAAUAA